CUUCUUCUCCAAGACGACUCCAAACCUUCGUCUUCAGCUGACCGUGACCGUGACCGCGAACGAGAUCGUGACCGCGACCGUGACCGAGACCGUGACCGUGACCGUGACCGAGACCGUGACCGUGACCGUGACCGAGAUUCCGAUCGUCGGAACCGUGACCGUGAGCGCGACCGUGAACGUGAGAGGGAGCGCGAUUCCGAGCGCCGGAACCGUGACAAAGAGCGCGAGGAUGAGCAGAAAGCGCGGGAUCGGUCCAGGUCAGAGAAAUUGGCAGAGAGGGAGCGUGAAAUCGAGCUCUCCGCUAUAAAGGAGCAGUAUUUGGGCUCCAAGAAACCCAAAAAGAGGGUGAUUAAGCCGAGCGAGAAGUUCCGAUUCUCCUUCGAUUGGGAGAACACCGAGGACACCUCUCGUGACAUGAACUCCCUCUACCAGAACCCUCACGAAGCUCGUCUCCUCUUCGGCCGUGGAUUCAGGGCUGGAAUGGACCGCAGGGAGCAGAAAAAGCUCGCAGCCAAGAACGAAAAGGACACCCGAGAUGAAAUCCGCCACAAGGAUGGAAUCGAGGAGACACACGAAGAAGCUGCCGCGCAGAAGAAGAAGGAGGCGGCUGCCGAUGCCUACGACACCUUUGAUAUGAGGGUUGACCGCCACUGGUCCGACAAGAAGCUCGAGGAGAUGACUGAGAGAGACUGGAGGAUCUUCAGGGAAGAUUUCAACAUUUCUUACAAGGGUUCGAGGAUUCCUCGACCAAUGAGGAGCUGGGGCGAGAGCAAGUUGAAUGCGGAGUUACUCAGGGCGGUUGAGAGGGCUGGCUACAAGACUCCAUCGCCCAUUCAAAUGGCGGCAAUUCCACUUGGUCUGCAGCAGCGUGACGUGAUAGGUAUCGCAGAGACUGGUUCGGGUAAAACCGCUGCCUUUGUACUACCUAUGCUGACUUACAUAACUAGGCUUCCUCCUAUUACCGAAGAAAACGAGGCUGAGGGGCCUUACGCUGUUGUGAUGGCUCCUACGAGAGAGCUUGCUCAGCAGAUUGAAGAAGAGACCGUGAAAUUCGCACAUUACUUGGGAAUAAAGGUUGUGUCAAUUGUUGGAGGACAAUCCAUAGAAGAACAAGGGUUUAAGAUUAGGCAGGGGUGUGAGGUUGUUAUUGCUACUCCCGGACGUCUUAUUGAUUGUUUGGAGAGGCGGUAUGCAGUUCUCAACCAGUGUAACUAUGUGGUUCUUGAUGAAGCCGAUCGUAUGAUUGAUAUGGGUUUCGAACCACAAGUAGUUGGUGUAUUGGAUGCAAUGCCUUCGAGUAACAUGAAACCGGAGAACGAAGAUGAAGAGCUCGACGAGAAGAGGAUAUACAGAACCACUUAUAUGUUCAGUGCUACUAUGCCUACUGCUGUGGAGCGGCUAGCGAGGAAGUACUUGAGAAACCCCGUCGUGGUCAAUAUCGGCACUGCAGGAAAGGCAACCGACCUCAUUACCCAACACGUUAUGAUGGUUAGAGAGAACGAUAAGAUGGAUAGAUUGAAAAGAUUGCUGGACGAGCUCGGUGACAAGACAGCUAUUGUAUUUGUCAACACGAAGAAAGUUGCGGAUAACGUUUUCAAAGUUUUGGAGAGAGAGGGCUAUAAAGUGACGGCAUUGCACGGUGGGAAGUCGCAAGAUUCGAGAGAGGUGAGCCUCGAAGGUUUUAGGACAAAGAGGUUCACUGUUUUGGUUGCGACCGACGUGGCUGGACGCGGUAUCGACAUACCUGACGUGGCGCACGUCAUAAACCACGACAUGCCUAAUAACAUCGAAGCCUACACUCAUCGGAUUGGAAGAACAGGUCGUGCUGGCAAGACUGGUAUAGCGACGACGUUCUUGACUCUGCACGACACAGAAGUGUUUUACGAUCUCAAGCAGAUGCUUAUGCAGAGCAACAGCCCCGUUCCUCCGGAGCUUGCUAGGCACGAGGCUUCAAAGUUUAAGCCUGGGGGAGUUCCUGAUAGGCCGCCUAGGCGGAACGACACCGUGUUUGCUCAUUGAUUGAUGCAUCGACGAGUAAUUUUUUUUUUCUUGAUGCAGCACGUGGAGACAAAAAGGGUGCAUUUCAGAAAAGCAUGAAUUUUGGAAGACCAGCCUUUGUGGCUUGUGAGUGUAGGAAAAUUGCCGUACCAGUUGUUAUCUAUCUAGUGUAGAAUCGAUGCUCGUGGGAGUUGGUUUGUAAAACUAUUUUCGAUCUCGUGUCAUUUGACCUUUGGUUUGUCUUUUGGCUGUCUGUGUACCUUGUGUACCUUUGACAUGUUUUAUUCACUAAAGCACUUUGAUCAUUCGAGAUGGUUCCUCAUAUUUAUUUUCCGAGAUUCUGUACGUUUGUUUAUUUCGAAAGAUAGUUGUUUUGCAACUUCAAAUUUUU